GGCUGCAGCGAGGAGCUUAAACUGAAAAAUUUCGUACGCCCGAACAUUUUCUUGCACGCGCACCAUCGAUCGCCAUUGCGACCCGCGAGCAAGUCGACAACUGACCGACCGGUGCAUAUAACUUAGAGGGAUAUCAUUACUUCCCAAAAUGUCUCUCUUUAUUCUUGCAGAGACGCCUGCCGGCUACGGCUUGUUCAAGUCUGCCGACAAGAAGCUCUUCAAAAAUGACGACCUCGCCGCUGAACUGGGCCGCCCCGAGAAAUUGGUGGAGAUGCUCAAGCUCAAGAAGUUUGUCAAGUUUGAAAGCGCAGCCAUGGCCCUCGAGGAGGCUGCUUCGCUCAAGGAAGGCAAGGUCCCCAGCCUGUUGAACUCGCUCCUCGACGACCUGAAGGCCGAGAAGAAGGCCUCUGUCGCCGUCGCUGACAUCAAGCUCGGCACUGCCAUCUCGAACCUCCCCGAACUCAACAACAUUACUCCCGUCUCUGGCUCCAACACAAUGGACGUCUUCCGUGGCAUUCGCGAGCACUUGUCGUCCUUGAUUCCUGGCCUCGCCCAGGAGAACAUUGACCGCAUGUCGUUGGGUCUCUCCCACUCCAUGUCCCGCCACAAGCUUAAGUUCUCUGCCGACAAGAUCGACUCCAUGAUCAUCCAGGCCAUCAAGCUCCUCGACGAUAUGGACAAGGAGCUUAACGUCUACGCCAUGCGUACCAAGGAAUGGUACGGCUGGCACUUCCCCGAGAUGGCCAAGAUCCUCAACGACAACCUCGCCUACGCCCGCAUUGUCAUGGCCGUCGGUAUGCGCACCAACAUGUCGGAGACUGAUCUCUCUGAGAUCCUCCCCGAGGAGUUGGAGACUGCUCUCAAGGCUGCUGCCGAAAUCAGCAUGGGUACCGAGAUCACCGAGGAGGAUCUUGACAACAUUCAGAUGCUUGCCGACCAGGUCAUCACCUACACCAACUACCGUGCUCAGCUCUCUUCCUACCUCGAGAGCCGUAUGCGCGCUAUUGCCCCCAACCUGACUGCCCUUGUUGGCUACCUCGUCGGUGCCAGACUCAUUGCCCACACUGGCUCCCUCAUCAACCUGGCCAAGGCUCCUGGUUCCACCAUUCAGAUUCUCGGUGCCGAGAAGGCUCUCUUCCGCGCCCUCAAGACCAAGCACGACACACCCAAGUACGGUCUCAUCUACCACUCCUCUCUAAUUGGCCAGGCUACCGGCCGCAACAAGGGCAAGAUCGCCCGUAUGCUUGCCGCUAAGACUGCCCUUGGUCUCCGCGUCGAUGCCCUCGGUGGCGAUGACGAGGAGCAGGAUGAUGAGGAGCGCGCCAUGCUCGGCCUUACCAACCGCAUCAAGCUCGAGAACCACCUCCGCAAGCUCGAGGGCCGCCCUCUGCUGCCCAAGGGCACCAACGUCGCUCCUUCUGGCGAGAUCCUGACCGGUGGCCAGUUCACCCUCAACGAGACCCGCCGCUACAACACUGAUGCCGACGGUGUUGAGGAUGAGCCUGCUACCAACGGAACCAAGAAGAGCAAGAAGGAGAAGAAGGAGAAGAAGGCCAAGAUCGAGGUUGUCGAGGAAGAGGACAACGACGAGGAGAUGGAGGACGAGGAUGACAGUGACGAUGAUGAUGUCGCCACCCCCAAGGUCAAGAAGCUCUCCUCAUCAGAAUACGAGCGUCUUGCCGACCUUGCCGGUCUCUCUGUCAAGAAGUUCAAGCGCAAGUACGAGCGUGGUGACGUCCAGGUUGAGGACGGCAAGCCCCGCGUCUUCAGCAAGAAGGAGCUCAAGAAGCUGCGCAAGGCUGCUGAGAAGCAGGCCGAGACACCCUCAAAGCCCGAGAAGAAGCGCAAGCACGAUGACAGUGAUGAUGACGAGGCCGAGGCCAAGAAGGAGAAGAAGCAGAAGAAGAAGAAGCGCCACUCCGAUGCGUAAAACGUUUGCAACGGCACAAGGCACAAAACACUCCCCUUUCCACAAUACCCAAAAAUUGCGCACACGACUUCCCUUUUCUAGGGGAGGUGAAGUGGCGAGGUGGGACGAAGGUGGUUGUAAAUAUACCAUGAGAUUUGCAGCUCUCGGUCUUCAGCAGAAGAAGCGAGCACUUUUGUCUCUGUUUUAUCUUCUGACGUCUUUUUCUUUUGUUUGCUAUCUUGGUUUUGUCGAUAUCUUGUCUAUUUUUUUGUUUGGCUAUUUUCCUUCAGCCAGCAGCAGUUUGGACACCAAUUUUGUUCGGCUGUCGCUGACCACGGCGUUUCGGGAUAUGGGGAAGAAAUAAAGGCACGCUGAUUUCUCAUUUUGCUUAGCUGUAUUUUCGUUUUGCAUAAAGGCGUGAAUCAAUCAAACUGAUUAUGAAAAUCUACAUCUGUACAUCUGCUUUCAACGUGAUAUAACGUGCAACAUGACUACAAAACAGGUUGCCGCAUAAUAGUGUAUGUCUAUUCCACGUGGGUUACUCAUUGGAAAUAUGGUUGCGCAAAACAGCUAGUGAAUGAUACAAAUUGGUGGUAUUGAAAAUAUGACUAAGUAUUAUGUAUUUAUUUGCUGGGAUAUAUUCAACAUGAUUUGGUACACAUUCUUCCACUCCAACAAGGUAUUUCUCAGAAUUUCGAAACGGGGAAUCAUCAAAACAAUCAUUACAAACUUCAUCCUGCCACAUGAAAGAUAGCAACAGGUGACAUAACGGGUAUAUGGAAUAAGAAACAAGCAAAAAACAAGCCAAGCGUCAGCGUUAGAUGUUCUCAACAACGUGAGCGUUCAUGGCCUGCUGGAAGCCCUGGUCGUCGCCAAAGACGUUGUGAGAGGGCUUGAGGUUGGGAGUGUCAGCAGUAUUGGGGUCAACAGCCGACUUGAGCGCCUGGUCAAGACCCUGGUUAGAGGAUCCGGGAAGGAAAAUGACCUUGCUGUUGGCAGACUUGGCCAUAGCCUGCAUAGCCUCGAGGUAACGGAUCUGCAUGGCGGGGGCGGAGCUCAGGAUAUCGGCAGCCUGGCGCAUGAGCUUGGCGGAUUCGACCUCUGCCUUGGCGGCAAUGAUCUUACUCUCACCAAUACGCUUGCUCUGAGCAGCCAUGGAAAGAGACUCCUGGAGCUCCUUGGUGAAGACAAUAUCCUUGAUGAGCAUACUCUCAACCUGGACACCCCAUCCGGCGGCGACAUCCUCGAUGAUCUCUCCGAUGGACUGGGCAAUUUCCUCACGACGCUCAAUGACGUCCUGGAGAACACGGGCACCGACAACGUGGCGCAGGGUAGUCUGAGUACGCUCCAUAAGAGCCUGACGGACGUUGGAAAUGCCAAAGGCAGCCUUGUGGGGGCUGACAAUGUGGUAGUAGAUGACGGAGGUGAGCUUGAGCGUGACGUUGUCCUUGGUCAUGCAAAUCUGCUCGGGGACUUCAGCAGUCUGAAUCUUGACGUCGACCUGGACAAGUGUCUCGCUCAGAGGGUUGAUCUUGACCAGACCGGGGUCGACAGCACGGUAGAAGCGACCAAACUUGGUAACAAGACCAACAUUACCCUGCUGGACGCUCUUGUAAGGGUUGGGGCAGCAGAUGCAGCAUGGGACAGCACCCAUGGUACCGAUGCAAGCACCGAGACCGUUGACUAUAAAAGAGAAGACGCUGUUAGCGGAAAGUGGUAUUAAGUAAAAGAGAUGUGAAGGGCAACAUACUCAUGCUGCCGUACCAGCCCUUGGGGUUGGCAUCAGUGGCGACAAUGGUGGCAUAGCUGCGCUGGAGAUCCUCCUUCUUGGGAGGCUGAACAGACAUCUUGGCCUGUGCCUGGAAACCGCCGUUGUGACCAUUGGUCUCGCCAUCGGUGUCGGCGGCCUUGGAAGACGAAGCGUGGGCGUAGUUGUCGGCCAUUGUGAAGAUUUGGGGAAGCUAGGUAUGUGUGUGGCGGUGGUGGUGUAGCCGUAAAUGCGUGUGUGCUUGAUGAAACAGAGUCUUGUGUGUCAAAUAGAGUGUAUGACGCAGCAGCUGUAGUAGUAGUAGCAGUAGCUGUGAAUUAAAGAUGGAAGGAAAACUGUGAUGAUGGUAGGUAGAAAGAAUCAACGCCAAGAUUGAAGGAGGGGGUGUGAUGGAAUUUAAUACUUGGGGACAAGAAGAGCAAAAGCUGUAACACGGGAAGCCAUUCUGCCGGUGACGUCCUAGAAUGCAAGCUGCUGCUGCUGCUACCGUUGCUGUAAGCCCCGAUUUGGGGGGGCCACGCU